UCACUCUCCAAACUCCUCAGUGUUGUAUUCUUGCAUGCUUUAUUUAUUUCUUUCUUUCGCUCUCAACUGAGCGGUUGAGGCUGUUGAGGCGCGCGCACCGGAGAGCAAGUCAAGUCGUGCCGGUGCCAGGACUGACGCGCCAAAAUCGUCGCAACUCAAAACAAGAGCUGCUCACAAUUUUGUGAGGGGGGGGAAAUAAUCAAUCAUGUCUUCGCCCGAUGAUGGCAUGUGCUCGUUUGCGUAGCUGACCUCGGAUUUCUGGACUUGUAUUUGUAACUAGUACAAGGAAUGGCUUUCCUUUUGACGUGGUUCUUUCUGUCUUGUUACAGCGUAUGCAGUGCUCGGGGGACUCAGCACAGCGAGAGCAGUAUCUAUUUGGAUAACAUCACGCGCAUAUUGGAUAGAUUACUGGACGGCUAUGACAACAGGCUGCGACCUGGAUUUGGAGGUCCAGUGACAGAAGUCAAAACGGACAUCUUUGUCACCAGCUUUGGACCCGUUUCAGAUGUCGAGAUGGAAUACACCAUGGACGUGUUCUUCCGGCAAACGUGGAUCGACGAGCGCUUGAAAUUCGAGGGCCCCAUCGAGAUCCUUCGACUCAACAACCUCAUGGUCAGCAAGAUCUGGACGCCAGACACGUUUUUCCGCAACGGCAAGAGGUCGAUCUCUCACAACAUGACCACCCCCAACAAGCUGUUCCGCAUCAUGCAGAACGGAACCAUCCUCUACACCAUGAGAUUAACUAUCAAUGCAGAGUGCCCCAUGCGCCUGAUGAACUUCCCGAUGGACGGACAUGCAUGCCCACUCAAGUUUGGGAGCUAUGCUUACCCUGUCAGUGAGAUCAUGUACACGUGGAAGAAAGGUCCCCUGUCUUCCGUCGAGGUGCCGCAGGAGUCGUCUAGUCUCUUGCAAUAUGACCUCAUCGGUCAGAGAGUGUCAAGUGAAAGGCUGAAGUCCAAUACGGGGGAAUACGUCAUCAUGACCGUCCAUUUCCACCUGCAAAGAAAAAUGGGCUUUUUCUUGAUCCAGACAUACAUUCCCUGUAUCAUGACCGUGAUCUUGGCUCAAGUCUCCUUCUGGAUUAACAAGGAGUCAGUUCCAGCUCGGACGGUAUUUGGUAUCACCACCGUGUUGACCAUGACCACCCUUAGCAUCAGCGCCCGCCACUCCCUUCCCAAAGUCUCCUACGCCACAGCCAUGGAUUGGUUCAUCGCCGUCUGCUUCGCCUUCGUCUUCUCCGCCCUCAUCGAGUUUGCGGCUGUCAACUACUUCUCCACACUGCAAGCUAACCGGGAGUUACGCAAGGCGGCGGCCAUGAAGGCGGCGGCUCAAGAGGCCGCAGCUGCCGCCCCAGCUGCCAGCGCAGGAAAUGAUGGAGAGAUUUCCUCGGCGGAUGCGAGCAACGUGUUGAAGAAGCGGAUGAAUUCGGCGCCCCUUUUCGACCGGCCGGCCAAGACCUUCCCCAACCCGCCCGUCAGCGCCCAGGCCUUCCUGCAGCAAGGCUCCGCCAUGCCGGCUAACAACGUCCUAACCGGCACGAGCAUCAUCGACAAAUACUCUCGCAUCCUCUUCCCGCUUUCCUUCGGCGCCUUCAACUUGGUCUACUGGAUUGUGUACCUCACCAAGGACACCAUGGAGAUGACCAGGGAUUCCGUCUGAACCCGCAGAACAUGAACAUCGCAUAGAUGCAACUGCAUAGAGAGACAAACAUGCAUACAAGAGGGUGGCCCAACGACAACCCUGGUCUCAUCAACCAUUCGUCGCGCGUGUGCGUGUGUUUGUGUGUGUGUGUGUGUGUGUGUGAUGCAUGGCGAGAAAGUCUCUCAUUGGCGUGUCAAUGCAUAUUAAGUUUGCUUUCGAGCCAAAAAAAAAAAAAAAUAGUCGUUAGAGUAGAUGCUAUCUAUCGCCAACUUAAUUCAAGUGUGCAAAGGCUUCGUCUACCUGAUGUCUCCUAAGAAAAUUCAAAACAUGUUUCGGAUGGGACUAUCGCCUGGUAGCAAGGCUGAGGAGCAGCAGGCUCUGCUUAACUUUUACUCAUGCAUGUCCAGACUCAGUGAAUGAGAUUCUGCAUGUGUUCAAAAUCAUACGUUCGCCUCCCUCCAUUGUCUUUCAUUUAUUUAUUUGUUUUUUGGGGGUCGGGGGGGGGGGGGUGGAAUGAGUGUACUCCACGUAAUGGGCUGACUUAUCCUCUCCAAUUCUCACUUCACACUCAAUCACAUCCUUUCCGCAUGCGGCCGCGCGGAAAGAGGACCCGAGGGAACAUCUUCAAAAUAAAACAUUUUCAAGUGGCGUGUACUGCAGAUAGUUUGCACAAAUAUGAAACGACAGUAAUUCCAUCAUUUCGUAGCUCUUCAUAUCUAUCUAUCUAGCUAUCUAUCUAUAUCUACAUAUAUAUCUAUGUUCCGAUAUGAUUCAAGAAUGGAGAGAUUUCAGCAAAUAACGAUUCAGCACAAUUCGAGGUUGAAUUUAAUAUGGUGCGGCUGUAGCUGUUGUCAUGGUUAUUAAUAUGCAACAUGUAAAAGCUCUCCAAAGUCCAAAUGUGUCAAUACAUUCAAUGACAGGACAAACCAGAAGCGGCAUCAAACUGCUGUAAAUCUCUUAGAAAAGACGAUACAGUACACACAUAUAUAUAUCUAUAUGUCUCUCUCUACAUAUAUGUGUGUGUAUCUGUGGGUCUGUGUGUGUGUGUUGACUAUUGAUUGACUGGCGACCAGUCCAGGGUAUCUUCUGUCUGCCAGGAGAGGCUCCUGCUCCCCACAACUCUGAACAGGAUUGGUGGCACAGGAAAUGGAUGGAUGGAUACAUGGAAUCAACUAUUUUUUUGCCUUAUCUGUCUUAAAAUAAGAUCGGAUUUUAUUUUUUUAUAAAGCGCUUUUUAGGGGUGUGCAAGAAGGUAUGCAUUCGCUGGUGUAACACACGAUUAAAGUGGUAGAAAAGGCGGUGAAUCGCCACUUUCGAGGAAGAAAUGUUGUAAAGUUACAAAUGCGAUUUAUGAUGGCUAAAAAUCGUUGGAUACAAUCAAUUCUCUGCCAGCCAAUCAACAGAGAGCGGCGUGUCUUGCCCCGCGCUCCACAAGUGUACUGACAGGACCUUUUAGAAUAGAAACGUGACAACUAGCAUGGCGGCUUCCUCCAUCUGUAUAUUCAUUCCUCGCUGAGGGUGCAUGCGUUUAAGCUCAAUUGGGGACAUUUGGGGUUGUGCGCUGCACACUGUCAAACAACAACUAAUGAAUAUUGUAGCAUUGCAUAAACUGAUCAAAACAAAGCCACGGUGGAUUCAUGCAGUCAGACUUGGGGGCUGGAAGUGUGUGAUAAUCAAGAGUUGCGUAAGAUAUGUAAAAAAAAAAAAAAAAAAAAAUCCUGUUCAUACACAAAGGCUUCUUAGCAUCUCAGCAACAGCGUAUGUACACUUGAGAAAAUGAUUAUUGUCACUCCGCUCGAAAAAUUAGCAUGCUUUAUCCCGCCCCCCUCCGUGAAUGUAAAAAACGUGUUCGCCAGUUCUUAAUUAAGAAGACAGCUUCUGGCUUCUUGUUGGCAUUGAACCACGAGCGAAAAAUAGAAACCUCAACCCAGAAUCAUCAAUAACGCAGGUUGCCAAAACAUCUUCAUUAGUAAUCCACUUGUGUGGAUUAUGCAGUUUACGGCUAAGCGCUAACAGGUUGUGUUGUGUAAACGUGUGCUGCCUCACCACAUUCAUCAUCCUGUCGCACCCCCCCCACCCCCUCAUUAAAAGUGGCUUCCGUUAACACGGGCACCUUUUCAAAUGAACCUCCUUUAAGAAGGUUUUAAAAGAUAUGCAUGUACAAUAGCUAUGCCGGUUAUUAAUAACAUCAUACAAAUCCUUACGCAUAUGCUUUAUUGAUGACCUAAAUAUGUAGAGUUCUUCGUGGACUACUAGCACAAACAAUAAUUUUGAUGAGUCCCUCUUUAAAUAUUAGGCAUGAUGAAUGUAUGACCAACGUAUGAUGUCUACCGUGUAGAUCAGAGUUGAUGUGAUGAGCUGCACAAUAACGAUGAAGUCAUCUCGUCAUAAUUCGAAUCGUAAAAAAGGGCGGAAUAAAUCAAAAAAUAGUCUGAAUUUGCCAUUUCAGUUCGUCAAUAUUUUUAUCAGGCACAUUAGAAGAACAGUAGCUGCUGAAUGCUUUGAUUUACUUCCAAUGAUAAAUUUUAUUUGAUCAUAAGAUAUCAACAUGGAAAAAUGUGUUUUUAUAUCUUUAUUUAUUGUUUCUAAUAAUAAGUGAUGUCGUGUUCAAUAUGUAUUAACAUAGUUCAUAAUAUAUUCCAUUUGUCUUUUCAUCAUCAUUAGUUACCGUUAAUAGUCCAUUUUAUUUUUUUAUAAUAUAUUUGCUGUCAAUUGUCAUUUUAAACUUUUUAAUCUUAUAUUUUGAACCUUUUUUUUUUUUUUUGCGGCACUUUAUUUUGUAAAGGGGGCACCAAUUCGGCCCCGACGGUGAGGCCGCAUCACGCCACUUGAUGAAAAGGUCACACUUGAAACGUUCAAGAAAAAAAUGUCUUUGCCAAUAGCCUGUCAUUAUGUCUUAACAGGUCUGACAUUUAAAAGCAGCCAACGCAAAAUAUAUGUGGAGGUUCCUGAAAGGCUUUUAAAAGUUAUUUCUUCUCCACUUAACAGCCCUCCUCUGCACUUUUGUUAGGGGGCGGGGCUAUAGAGCUCUUUCAGAUUGCUUGUCCCAUAUGAAAAACAAUCAUAUGGGAGGAGUGUGUAAAAAAAGUUGUAUUUGUUUGUGUGUGUUUUAUUUUUACUUAUUUGUAGAAAUAUUGGAUGUGGCCUCUGACCACACCUCCGGCACGAGCAGACUUGCCAGACAUUUGACAUCCUGUAUUAACGUGUGUUGAGGUAAUUGCAAUAUUUGAAAGAAAACAGUGGAACCCUGUUUGAUGAUGAGCAGCACUUCAAUAACUGGAGCCUAACUCUUUUUAUUGACUCACCACAAGCGUUUGUCCUUCAGGCAGCUGCGAUUUUUUUAUUUUUCUCACCCUCCCACAGCAUUGGAAAAACAAUGUGUGGCCCCUGUUGAAUAAACGUUUUCCCCCACAAGAAUGUUCAAUAAAGUCAACAUUAUUUUGCUGUUCCGA